AUAUGAUUCAUAAUUCGAAUAGAAAUCCUAUUACAGAUCCCUAUUCCUUGGAAGAUUAACUGGCUAGAGAGUUGUAAAAACGUAAAGUUGAGGAGGAAAAAAAAAGAAGGGAAAUCGAAAGAAUUUGUGCAGAGAGUGAAGAAAUCAAACUACUUAAAUAAAAAGUUUAGACUGCAUAUGUGACCAAGGAGAGAACUUAACAAUUGGCUGAGUAGUAAUUGAGAAGAAUUUAAGAGUUGGUAUAUAUAGUCAGUUAUAUUUUCAAAAAUAGAAAUAAGAAAGUGAGAUUGAAGCUGCUAUUCUAGAAAAAUUGAAAAGAGAACAAGAAGAAGAAAGGUCUAAGGAGAAAUUUAGACUACAAUAGAGAUUAGAGGGAAAAUAUGUAUUUGAAUCCAUCAUCAUCAAUAGACAUUAUAAAAAUAAAUGAAAGAACAUGAGCAAUUGAGAGAUGAAGCCAAAGAAUAAUACAUUUAUGAGAAGGAACAAGUCAAUCGAGUUAUUCAUCAAUUAAUAAAUGAAGAUCGCAAAUUUUUAGAGGAUCAGGCAAAAAAGAAGAAAAUAGCCUUCUCUGACAUGCAAAAUGCUUUGAGGGAGAAAGCUGAACUGAUCUAUAGAAUGAAAUAAAGGGAGAGAGAAGAGAAUUAGAAAUACUUGGACUUUAUGAAGGAGAAGGAUAGAUAGGCUCAUGAAAUCAAGGUUAAGAAGUAGGAAGAGAAUGCAGCCAAGUAAACAUUAAUCUCAACAAUUUAAUUAGGGAUAAAAUAUUUCAAAAAUUAAAGGAAGAAGAGGAAAGAAGGAGACAAGAGGCUGAAUUGUUAACUGAACUCAGAUUUCAACUUUAUUAAGAAUAGUAUGAUGCUUAGUAAAGAUAAAAAGAUAUUGAUGAAGCUAACAAGAGAGAAUUUUAAAAGAGAGAGAUGUAGCAGGCUGAACAAGAGGCACGAUUAAGAAAAUAGAGAUAGAAGGAGGAGGAAUAAUAGAUGGAAAGAGAUUUCAGAGAUUAAAUGAUGAGAAAGUUUGCUGAAGAUGAUAAAUUAGAAUAAUUGGGAUAAUAAAAACGAAGAAUGAAGGAAAUUGAACACAAAAGGGAAGUUGAAAGAUUAUGGCAAUAGAAAUUGGAAAUGUAUUAGAUGGAAAAGCAAAAGGAACUUGAAUAAUUAGAAAGGUAGAGAAGAGAAGAGGCUUAUAAAUAAUUAGUGGUAGAGGAGGAAAAAAAUCGUAUUCUUCAAGAACAUUUGCAAUAAGUAGGAGAAUUCAUUCCAAAAGGACUGUUAUUAAAAUAAGGAGAUUCUCAAUUUAUAAGAUAGGGGUAACCAAAUUCAAGUUAUUAAUCUGGAUUUAGAAUGUGA